CUCCGCGGCGUUGCCGGCCAGGGCUGUCUAUGGUAUUUGCCUGCGGCGAGUGGGCGGCGGUGGUGGGGCAGCCGCGGGCCUUGCCUGCCGGGCGCCCGUCAGCGGAAGGAGGAAGCGUCAUGGCCGAAGCCUGGGCUGGCUUCUCGCAGGAGGAGUUGCGGCGCUUACGGGCCCAGCGCCCAGAUUUGUAUGGACCCUCAGAGCAGCAGCAUCGACCCCACACUGCAAAUAAGAGUCGGAAGCAAUCCCUGCGAGAAAAAGCUCUCCAGCAGCAAUGCCAGAAGCUGGGACUGCAGGGUGGAGCAGCUUCUGUGCCUCCUGAGCAGUUACUUUCUGUACCAAAACACAAACCUUGUCAUCCUCAGCAGCUUGUGCCACCACCUCAUCCUCCUUCAGCAGGAGAUCAAAGGCAAAAUAACAAUGGAGACCAGCAGAAGGAAGUGACACUGGUAGAUCCCUGUAAUGGCAGUAACAGUGUCCAGCCCAACUCCAAAGUGGGAAAAAAGAAAGUGGAAUUGUUAGUAAGUUGGCAGGAAAAGUCUCGAUGGGAAAUCCUCCAGCAAGAGCAACGGCUGAUAGAAGAGAAGAAUAAACGGAAGAAGGCACUCCUGGCCAAAGCUAUUGCUGAGAGAUCUAAAAGAACUCAAGCUGAAACAGUGAAACUGAAAAGGAUUCAGAAGGAGUUACAAGCUCUGGAUGACAUGGUGUCUGCUGACAUUGGCAUCCUGCGGAACCGCAUUGAUCAGGCCAGCUUGGACUACUCCUAUGCCCGGAAGCGGUAUGAUAAGGCUGAGUCGGAGUAUGUGGCAGCCAAGCUAGACCUCCAGCACAAGACAGAGAUUAAGGAGCACCUCACGGAGCACCUGUGCACAAUCAUACAGCAGAAUGAACUUCGCAAGGCGAGGAAGCUGGAGGAGUUAAUGCAGCAGCUGGAAGUGGAGGCAGAUGAGGAAAAUCUGGAACUUGAGAUAGAGGUGGAGCGGAUGCUGCAGCAGCAGGAGGCAGAAGCAGGGAGACAAGCCAGCCAGUCACACAGUCAUGCUGGGACAACUAAGGAAAACCUCACUCCCAGUGUUACGGUGCAGGAGAAUGAACAUGCUAAUCAUGCUGGUGCUUCUCCUGCUAUUUCCGAACAGUUGCUUCAGUCUCAAAACUCCAGUACCAAAUCCCUCUCCAAUAUGGAUAGUCAAACUCAGGCAGUAAAUGUGACUCCAGGAAUCUCCUCAGCUUGUUCUGCUACAUGACUUAAUAUGUUCAGAUAAGCCAGCCGGUUAUGGCUGAUAUACUCUCUGCAGGCUUGUGUGCUGUAUGUUAUCUGGGCUUCUACAGUGCCAGUAAUAUGCACUUAAUUUUUCCUUUAAUAUGGUUCUCAAAUUUUAAAGGUGCCUUUUUUUUCUUCUUCUGCACAAGACUCCCUUUUGGGGUUUACCGUCUGUCAUCAUCAUUUUGGUUUAAGUUCAUGUUCUAAUACUCAGCUUUUCAUGGGGCUUUGUACCUUCCUGAAAGAGGAUACUUGGAAGCAAACAGUAAGGCUUUUCCAAAGGCUUUCAACAUAUUGCUAUUACAGAUACCUGUUGCAAACAGUGUGCAAGAGGUACAUAUCUACAGGAGACAACAUCACAACUUAGGCUUCUCCUGAACACAUUCCACCCCCUGACAACUGCAUUAGGAUGUUUGUCUUCCUUUGUAUCUCUAAGGGAUCAGUUUUCAAUGUUUUUUAAUCCUUUGAAACCCAUGUGCUUGCUUUAAUUGUCUUCCUAGCUGAUCCUCUCUCUUGAUUUAAAGGAAAUUUGCAUGUUGAAGCAAAUUGCGAAGUCUUUUGUAAUAUUUCCUAUUUAUCACUUUGCCUAUUUCUUCCAGAUAACACUAGAUCAGACAAAAGCUAUGUAUUGUUCACAUUAUCUAUGAAAUCACAGCGGCUAUGAUUUAGCAAAAAUUAGGGGUUACAGUUUAAGACAUUGUAGGAUAUAUCAUGUAGAAGUAGAAACACACAAGAGAAAGUAUGUUACGAUUAAAACUGUUCCAUUACAAACAUUUUUCCUCUGUCAUAGUUGCCUCAAAGUUCCAAUAAUUAGACAGGGAUCUUGAAAUUAAUAAUUCCCACAGGAUAUUGGAAUUGAGCCCAUUUUCACAUAACGUUCAGUGCAUUUUCUUGCCUGAAGCGCAAGUGUGUACCCCACAAGAAGUUCAUCUGGUUUGUUCUGUUGCCACUGAAAGGCUUUAAGAAGUUAUUCCAGGUGGACAAGGUCUCAGGAAUUAAAAUAGAGGACAUAGGCAAACCUCCCAUAGACUGAUUGCAGCUGCAGACCAUGGGGACUGUGUUCAUAUUUACUUUGUAACAGAGGAUGGCUACUUUCAUUGUAAAAAUGGUUUCUGUAGUACCUGACCUGAACAUGUCAGAGUUUAUGAAUCAGUUACUGAAUGAUGGCAUCAAGUAUAUAAAUGGGACACUUGUAUCUAUGGCUUUAAUAGUGGAAAAACAUGUCACUACAUUUCAUUUUUAUUCUAUUAAUAAA